UAGCGGAGAGGAGCAAGGAGCGGAGCAGAGCUGCAGGAGGAGUACACAACAGGAAAAUGGCAGAUAGUUUUUCGCUCAACGAUGCCUUAGCUGGCCCUGGAAACCCAAACCGUCAAGGAUGGCCUGGUGCAUGGGGGAACCAGCCUGGGGCUGGGGGUUACCCAGGCGCUUCCUAUCCUGGGGCCUACCCAGGACAGGCUCCUCCAGGGGCUUACCCGGGGCAGGCUCCUCCUGGUGCCUACCCUGGCCCAACUGCCCCUGGAGCUUACCCUGGCUCAACUGCCCCUGGAGCCUUCCCAGGGCAACCUGGUGGAUCUGGGGCCUAUCCUAGUGCUCCUGGGGCCUAUCCUGCUGCUGCCCCCUAUGGCGCCCCCACUGGAGCCCUGACAGUGCCCUACGAGCUGCCCUUCCCUGGCGGAGUCAUGCCUCGCAUGCUGAUCACCAUCAUGGGUACAGUGAAGCCCCACGCAAACAAGAUUACUCUAAAUUUCAAGAGAGGGAACGACAUUGCCUUCCACUUUAACCCCCGCUUCAAUGAGAACAACAGGAGAGUCAUUGUGUGCAACACCAAGCAGGCUAACAACUGGGGGAAGGAAGAGAGACAGUCAGCUUUCCCAUUUGAAAGUGGCAAACCGUUCAAAAUCCAAGUCCUGGUGGAACCUGACCACUUCAAGGUUGCAGUCAACGAUGCUCACUUGCUGCAGUACAAUCAUCGGAUGAGAAAUCUCCGGGAGAUCAACCAGAUGGAGAUUUCUGGUGACAUAACCCUUACCAGUGCUGUACCAACCAUGAUCUAAUACAGAGGGGGCAGCUCUUAUAACCAAAGUGUCAUGCAAAGGCUCCGUGCUCAUUCUGAGUGGAAAACUUUACACUUAUUCCUCCUUAUCCUUCUUGAAAGGCAUCCAUUUAAUAAAUAUU